AAACUCCACACACCGGGGUCGACCCAGGGAAGCUAAACGAACGCACCCAUUUUUGUGUCAUGUUUUAUUCCAAACUGGAACAUACCCCCAUAACCCUGGGGAGGGUAACAAUAUUAUAACAAUAAUGUAGCAUCAUGUAGCCUAGCCUUGCGAUAUUUCAAAUAGACAAAAAAAAAGGAAUCGUACAGUUUUGAAAGUGUAUUUUCUUUUGGAUCGAAUUCCACUUCAAAAUAGUGUAAUUCUUGUGAUGACAAUUUGCUCACAUGGUCAUCCGUUCAUUUUGUAUAAUUUGAAAGACUUGCUAUAAUUAUGUUCUUACUGUUGUAUUCAGUCAUAGACUCUUACAUCCUAGCUCACAUGACAUUGGUCGCACCCUUUUUCUAUUGUACACAUACAAAUACCCGGGAAAACAAGUUUCGAUAAUAGUGCAAUUGUAAUAAUUGCAAUUUCGAUAAUAGCGGCACGAUCUUUGAUAUUGCUCGUCUUUAUUAUAAAAGUUUAUACUAAUUGAACAAUUAUUGUUUUGAAAUAAGGAAAUAAGGACCCUUUAUUUUUCUGUGGUUUCAUUGGCUAUAUAUCCUUUACCUAUACGUCAUACUUUCGUUCUACAUGUAAUUGUACUUAUUGGUACUUAUUGGUAAUAAACCAGACAAACUUCCGGGAAACUUGCCCGUGAUCUUGGCCGUCUGUAUUUAAGCAGCCGCGAUUAAGCGACUGACUUCAUACCAUAGAUUGACCAACAACUUCAAGCAAUCCAGAUACAUGUAUCCUGAUAUUGCUGUUCGUUUGUUGAAACAUUCAGUUCUAGAAAGUUGGUUUAAAGUUAAGCGGUUCUGUCUGGACAAUAAAGAUUUAUAAGUGGUUUUUCUCAUAAGCACAAGGAUACCAAACUAAACUCAUGGAUAUCAACGACUCGGAGACAAUAUUAAACUCUACGGCAGUUUCAUGGACGGUCAACACAACAAUGACCACAAUGGCCAGCCUGUCUCUUCACAGCUAUCCUGAAAGAGUCGUUGCAGGCUUUCUCUUCCUACUGAUCGCGGUCAUCAACAUUACCGGUAACAGCAUGGUCAUUCUUGCUGUCAUCUUCAGCAAGAAACUCCGAACAUCAACAAAUGUCUUCGUGGUAAGUCUCAGCUCUGCAGACCUGUUAGCAGGACUGGCAAUGCCAAUAAGUGCAGUUGCUUUACUCACCCCUGGCAACAGCUGGCCGGGGUCGACGGAAGCUCCUUGUUACAUCGCAGGUUUGCUCUUGUACACAAGUUCUAGUGCCAGUCUUUUCAACCUCGCUUCCAUCGCUCUCAAUAGGUUGAUUCUUAUCAAGAGCCCAAUGAAAUGGUACCGUAUUCUGUACACCAAAUGCAACCUCGUUAUCAAUGUCGUUGUCAUAUGGAUUGUCGCCAUUGCCAUCAUGACGGUCCCUCCACUUUUAGAAAUUGGCAGCUUUGGCUACGACAAGCAGCACCAUACAUGUAGCGACCUCGACACCCACCUGAAGGCCAAGACGUUUGAAAGGAUUCAAACUUUUGCCUCCUACCCCAUCCCAUUUAUCAUCAUCAUCACCAGUUACAUCAUCAUCUUCGUUCACGUCCGUCGUCACUUUAAGAAGCAAAUAAGUAACGAAACCAACGUCACUAACCCAGGCACAGGCUCUUCCAGUUCUGGGGUCAAUCCGACCUUCCAGACGUCAGACAGCACUGCCGUCUUGCGUGCCGGUCGCCUGGAUCGCCUCAUUCGACAACAACUCGAGAUCACCAAAAAUCUCUUUAUGGCAGUUUGUGCUUUCUUCAUCUGCAUAACCCCUUACAGCGUGGCCCUCUUCAUUCCGAACAACGACCGUUUCCUGUUGUUUGGAGGUGUGGUCUUCUUGUGCAACAGCUGCGUCAACCCAAUUAUAUACGCAGCAAAGCACCCACAGUUUAAGAAGGUUCUGCGUCUAAUGCUGCGAUGCAAACAUUCAGAGAUAGAAGAGCCGUCGGAUGCCUUGAAAAAACUGACGGCUUGUUGCAAAUAAAUCAAGAGACCAAACUUUUAUCUGAAAAUGUUUUUGUUACAUUAUUCAAGAUAACCACAUGAGGUUGGACGAAACAUUCAUAGUUUGGUGCCGCUUCAACAUGAUGAGACUUUGUUUGAAGCAUAUACGGAUUUAUUUUAACAUAUAAGUAUACAUAUUUUAUAAUCUGUUUUCCCGAUACUUUCUCGGGUUCGUUGACCCCAAAAAAAACAGAAGAGGCAAAUCACUCGGGUGGAUUCGAGUUAUCAUAAUGCCCUUUACAUAAUGGCUAAAAGCACGCAAUUAUACACAGACAGGAAGAAAAAUGGUGAACAGAAAACUAGCCAAGCUUCUUGUUUCAGGCCAGUGCCAAUACGUGUUCUGUAUGGAGUACUUUUAGUAAACAAUGUAUUAUGGAUGCGGUUGUUUGGUUACGCGUUAUU